GGUCACCAAAACAUGAGUGCCCUGGAAGUUUCAAUAGAGUGAGGUGAAAAUCAGAUUGAUUGGCCAUUGAUCAUGACACUAGGAUCCGGUAUUUCACUGUUGAUUUUUGGGAAUUAGCUUAUCUCUGCCCACGAGUUGCAUGGUUGUGCAGGAAAAAUAUCUAGUUUAGGAUUUGAUAUCUCUCCAAUCAGGAAGCAGCGUGGUGACAACACAGACUCAUCAUUGUGGUGCUACUUAUGUGUAGAGGAUAUAUCUAUAUUUAUAUAGCAUGCCCAUAUACUUGUAAAUUACUGCACAUCCUAUAUACACAACAAUGGAGCACAACGACAUUCUUCUGCAAGGAAAAUUCUCUAUUUUAGGCAAACCUGGAAAAGUUUGCAUUGUGGAAUUGACAAGUGAAAAACUUCAGUUUCAAGAUUUGAGUUGCAAAACUAACGAUUGUGAGGGUGUGAUUGAUAUAAGAGAUGUGAUUGGCUGCCGUAUUAACACUGGUGUAAACAAACAGGGUAGUCGUAAUAUGUGUAACUGUGUUAAGUCUCACGUUGUCUGGGACAUGGCCGAGUGUUUACUUUCUAUUCAUUAUUGUCCUAAGACGAAGAAGAAGUUAUUUUGUAAAUCGUACUAUAGACAACACUGCACAUUAACUUUAGCCUUAGCACAACACCCGGAUUAUGAUUCUAACAAAAUUGUCUGUGAGAAAUGGAAGAAGACUAUUCUAAGUCUCUCCAAAAACAAUAAUAAUCAUAUCACAAUAGAGACAGACUUGGAGAACUGUGAAGCACCUCUACAAAGGAAGAUUCUGGUGUUAAUCAACCCCUUCAGUGGUCCUGGGAAAGCUCGCCAGAUCUUUGAGAAUGGAGUUUCCAGCAUGCUGGAGGAGGCAGACAUUUCCUUUAAAAUGGUCAUCACAGAGUAUGCUGGUCAUGCUACAGAGAUGAUGAGGAGUCUGGAUUUGUCUGCCUGGUAUGGUGUGGUCAUAGUAUCAGGAGAUGGACUUAUAUACGAAGUAAUCAAUGGUCUAAUGAGCAGGGCUGACUGGGAGGUGGCUAUUAAUUUCCCAGUUGGUUGUUUACCCGGUGGAUCAGGGAAUGCCCUGUCUCUAAAUAUAAACUAUCAAGCAGGGGAGCCUGUAGAUUUGAACCCUAUUCUUCACUCCACCUUUGUGUUAAUAAAACACCGUGUCAUCCCAAUGGACCUGGUGCUGGUACAGAUCCCCGGGAAGCAGAUGUACUCCUUUCUGUCAGUCACCUGGGGCUUGGUAGCAGACAUUGACUAUGAGAGCGAGCGAUUGAGAGUUCUUGGGGCUUCCAGAUUUACCCUCUAUUUCAUAAAGCGAGUUGUCAGUCUUCGGAAAUACAGAGCUAAAGUUUCAUUUCUUCCCGUUACCCCUUAUGAACCAGGUGCCAAAAAUCAGAAAGAGAGGGCAGUGAAAUGUUCCCGUCCUCGACGAUUUACGAUGAUUAGAAACUCUACUACACAACGCAACAUCAGUUCCUCUGUUUACGAGGGUGGGGUACAAGGAGUGUACACAGAAAAGUCUUCAUCUCAUUCCUUACCACGACUUCGGUCCAAAUCCAUGCCUGCUGUGAAAACCAUCAGUGAAACAAAUGGAGACAUAUCAGGGUAUGAAGAGCAUGACAAUGUGAUGUUUGAGCUGGAUGAUUCUGAUGAAUGUUUUACUUCAAGUCUGCCAAAUGGUGAUCAUGUAAAAGAUGACAAUGUUAGUACUGAAAGUGAAAAUAUAUUUGAAGAAAUGGUGCAUACAUUAAACAAUGAUGGAAAACCCCUUCAGGCACCCCUGUUGGCACCUCUGGAGGAGGAGGUUCCAUCAAAUUGGGUCACAAUAGAAGAUGAAUUUAUCACAGCAUGUGCCCUAUACCAGCCUUAUCUAGGCCCCGACAACUUAGCUUCACCUGAAUCCAGACUUAAUGAUGGACAGAUUCAUCUUCUUAUUAUCAGAGCAGGAAUCCCGAAAUCUGCUCUUGUGAACCUAUUCCUUUCCUUUGAAACGGGGGACCAUAUAAGCUCACCGUAUGUAGAAAUGAUCAAAGUCUUAGCCUUUCGGUUAGAGCCCAUGGGAACUGAGGGCAAUAUAAUGGUAGAUGGGGAGCAUGUGGACUAUGGACCAAUUCAAGGACAGGUGCUCCCUGGGAUAGCAAGAAUUAUGGGAGUUCAAUGACCACUUCCUGUGAUAGCUAGGGCCAUUUUAAUAUUUAAUCAUGCUGCACUUUUUUUCAAAUCUUAGAUAGGUUUUAUUUUAAUUCAUGAGAAUUGAAUGAUUUUCUUUAGAUUCUUGGUUGCAAGGUCAGAGACCUUGCAGUGAAUUUUGAGAAAUAACAUGCCUGAAUCUUUGCAAGUUCAAAGACCUGAUUAAAAUGUUUUAUCUCUGAAAAUUCAUUGAAAAAGGGAUGUGUGUAAGCUGAUUAUAGUUUCCUUCUAAGGAAAUGAAUACAGAAUUCAGAACAA